CUUUAAAUCCAUCCUUCCGCAUCUACUGUCUAUUACAAUAUGGGGAUGUGAGGAAAUGGUGGGGAUAAUAGCAGCAGUUACAUCCCCACCACCACAUCCGCUCCCAUUUUUCCCUAGUCUGGAACAGAUUAGCAUUACAUACUGUAACAAGAUGAAGAGAGCGGUGGAAUCCGAGUGGAUGCCCCACUUCCCUAGUCUGAGAAUAAUCAGAGUAUCCGGAUGUAAGAAGAUGGAGGAGAUAAUCAGAGGUCCUCCCCCAUACUCGCCGGAUGAACAGAUUUCUCUCGAAUCUCUUGAGGUAAGCUAUUGCGAUAACAUGAGAAAGCUGCUUACGUAUGAGUGGCUGCUCCAUCUUCGAAAUCUUCAAAGUAUCAAGGUCAAUGGCUGCAAAGGAAUGGUGGAGUUGAUAAGCGGAGCGGGACAAGGCCAAGAAGGAAGCAUAACGACUUCUGUAAACAACACUCCUUCAUCCUUCCAGCCUUCUUCAAUUUCUCUCCCAAAGCUAGAGUGUUUGGAGCUAUGCAAUCUACACCAGCUGAAGAGCAUAUACGAAGCCCCAAUAAGCUGCGAUUUCAUGAAAAGAUUGGACGUGUACGGAUGCCCAGAACUGAAGAGGAUUCCUUUGCAACUGCGAUUGUGUGAAAUUGAGGAGCUUCCGUAUAUCGUGGUGGAAGAUGAGGAAAAGUGGAAGAUGCUGAUGUGGGAUCAUCCCGAUGCUCAGGCUAUUCUUCAACCUUAUCUCAGAAAAGUGCAUCCUUCAAAUUUUAUAGGUUAAUGAGUUUAAUUGAUAUACGAUUGCUUCACUUCUCAAAAGUCCUUUCAAAGAUAUAGCUUUUCUGUCUAUAUAGUCAUGCAGCUCUAAUAGUGGCCUUCUGUAGUACUGAACACCAAAUGAAAGCAUCUCCUGCGACUCCACUCUUGAAGAAAGCCCUGCUGCUCGACCAUGCUUUCCUGCAAACUUGACUCAG